UAUUGAUAUACCGUACGUGCCUAAUGGUGACAAGACCGUGCUACUAGUGCGUGCCAGUCUGCUCUGCUCAUAUAACCUCGAUGCAUGCGUCCAGAAGAUCGAGCUGCAGCCAGUGCCUAGGAUUCGACCGGCGUAGUACGCAGAGAUGCGUAGCGGCGGCUGCGCGGUGCAGCAGAAGCUAGCGGGGGACGCGGCCGCCGUGAUGCGGCAGGCGGUGAGCCUGGCGCGUCGCCGGGGGCACGCGCAGGUCACGCCGCUGCACGUCGCCAGCGCCGUGCUCUUGGACGCCGGGGGCCUCCUCCGCGCCGCCUGCCUCCGGUCGCGGGCGACUUCCCACCCGCUCCAGUGCAAGGCGCUGGAGCUCUGCUUCAACGUCGCCCUCAACCGCCUCGCGACGGCGGGGGGCCCGGCCCCGCCGCCGGCCAUGUUCGAGUUCCACAUCCACUCCGGCCACCGCGAGCCGGCGCUGUCCAACGCGCUCGCCGCCGCGUUCAAGCGCGCGCAGGGGAACCAGCGCCGGGGCGGCGGCUCGGCCGCGGACGGCCAGCACCAGCAGAACGUCGCCGCCAAGGUGGAGCUCGACCAACUCGUCAUCUCCAUCCUCGACGACCCCAGCGUCAGCCGCGUCAUGCGCGAGGCCGGCUUCUCGAGCGCCGAGGUCAAGGCCAACGUCGAGAAGGCCAUCUCGUCGUCGGAGCAGUCCUCCAACACGGCAAGCAGCAGCAGCGCUUCCCCGAGUACCAUUACCAAGGAGCCCAGAGCCAAGGCCGACGCCGUCCAAGUCGUAGGUGACGCCGCGCGCGUGCUCGACUGCAUGGCGAGCGGGACGAACCGGUGCGUGGCGGUCGUCGGCGAGAGCGCCGCCGCCGCGGAGGGUGUGGUCAAGGCGGUGAUGGACAAGGUGAGCAAGGGGGAGCUGCGGCGUCAGCACCAGCGCCUCAAGAACGCCCAGUUCGUGCCCUUCUCGGCCGCGUCCUUCCAGCGCACGCCGAGGGAGGAGGUCGAGGCCAGGGCCGGCGACCUGUGCGCGCUCGUGCGCGAGUGCUGCGCCGCCGGCAAAGGCGUCGUGCUCGUCCUCGAGGACCUCGGCUACGCGGCGGAGGCCUGGACCGCCGCGCUGUGGACGAGAAGUGACCGCAGCGCGCGUGGCCUCCGCCACUACUGCCCCGUCGAGCACGCGGUCAUGGAGUUGAGCAGCCUCGUGCGCGGCGGCGGAGGCCGCGACAAGGACAUGUUCUGGGUGCUGGGGUUCGCGGCCUAUGCGCCCUACACGAGCUGUAGGUCGGGGCAGCCUUCUCUGGAGACCGUCCUGGGACUACGCCCCGUCGUCGUGCCGGACGGCAGCCUCGGCGGCGAAAGUGAGGAAACACACUGCGGCGCCGGCACGGUGGUGGCGCCGGCGAGCGUCCCCUCGUGGAUUCGCCGUUGCCAAGGUCCAGUAGUCGUCACUGGAUCGGCGCUCACGCUGAGCUUCUCAUCUCCGGCUUCUUCCUCCCACUGUGGCUUUACCCAUCAUCAUGACGACACCAACAAGAGCUGCGUGCCAUGGCAUGAUCUCAUGGACCAGCAGCAGCAAAAGCUGUUGCUGAACCGCCGGCACGAUGGUCCACUGGCCGAGCCAUACGAUCAGCUGUCGCCCGCAAACCCUAAUUCAGGAUCCUCUAAUAACUCGGUGUCUAGAUCUAACUCAUCGGACGGCGCGACGACGGCUUGCCGCCGCCGGCCAAAGUUCACCGAGCUCAGCGCGGAGAAUCUCAAGAUCCUGUGCCGCGCGCUGGAGACGCGCGUACCGCGCCACAGAGACAUAGCUCCGGGUAUCGCCAGCGCCGUGCUCCAGCGCCGCUCCGGCGUGACGAGGACGGCGCGGCCGACCCCGGCGACGUGGCUCCUCUUCCGAGGGAGGGACAACGACGGCAAGAUGUCCAUGGCUCGGGAGCUUGCCAGGCUUGUCUUUGGCUCGCACGACGACUUCACCAGCAUCGCCGCAGCAGCGUCAAAGCUCGCACCGGAUCACUCCGGUUCCAGCAGCCCCGGCAAGCACAGCCUCAAGAGGCAGAGGUCGCCGCCGGACAACGAGCACGGAGGCUUCAUGCAGACGUUCUACGAGGCGAUCCGCGAGAACCCUCACCGUGUCGUCCUGAUCGAUGGCGUCGAGCACCACUCGAAACUACAAGCCGGCAUCAUGGGUUCCAUGGAGAACGGAACUGUGAGGGGUUGCGAUGGUGGUGUCGUCAGCUUGGAGGACUCCAUCGUAGUGUGCUGUGAAGCGUUCGAGUCGAGAUCGUUGCCUCGGGUUUCUUCAUCCCCGCGGCCUGUGAAGCAAAUGAUUACGAGUGACGUCGACAGCAAGGUGGAAGGUGAUGACGCAGAUAAAGGAGUCGUGCCACAUUUCAGCUUGGAUUUGAAUACCUGCGCCAUUGACGACGGCGAAGGGGAGGAAGCGAGUAGUUCUUGGUAUGAUGCCAUGGAGAUCCAAAAUGAUGUAGACGGCGUUUUCUUCUUCUAGUAUUAUUAUCUGAGAAAUAAUUAAAGUUUUGCUUC